AUGAGCAGUGGGCGUGGCCCUGCCAUGCGGCCACCCCAACCAUUACCGCCCUCGGACUCGGUCGGGUCCCUGCUGGCAGCCAUUGCCAACUCCAUCUCCGACGCCAUACGAAUACUCAACCUCUCGGAUAAGAGGCUUUGGGGCUUGGAUGAGGUGGAGCAGCUGCGCGCCCUGGAGCAAGCCCUGGACGAGGCGCGCAAGGAUUUCCAGGAGCUGUCGCCUCUUGUCAAUGGACAGUUGAUAUACGAAGCCGAUCGUACUCACGACUCAUUAGUGGAGCUACGACAGCUCCGCGACCGACACGCCGCCCUCGUCGAAGAACUUCGGGGAUGGAGCCGAUCCGGCGGCCCCAUCGAGGCGACAUGGAUGCGCGCGACGCUCCACCUGCGGCAGGACCUGCACCGCUCCCAGUGCCGCGCGGCCCGCCGCAUAUUCACCUCGGGCCAGGAUUCCUCCGCCCGUUGCCUGGGAGCCUUCUUGGUACGCCGGGUGCAGAGGGCUCGCAAGGCCAACGGGGACGUUGUCGGCGUCGAGCACGGCGAGUAUCAGCGACGCCACCUCGAGGAGCUGCGCACGUGCAGGCGCGUGGGUGGGUUCCAGCGCUUCGGCGAGCUCGACAUGGCAUUCAUCUGCGACUUCUGCGACGGCCACAUCAUCUGGACCGACGUCGAGAGGGUGCCCUCUGCGCCGACGACGCACGAGGAGGAGGCCUCGUCGCCCUGGCCACCCGUAUCCCCCCCGAUAACCAACCCCAUUACCAACGCCACCACUAGCGGCUACCAGCGGCGGCCGCAGCCAUCACAGGCGCAGGAAUCGUGGCAAGCUACCGCCCAUUCCAUGUCCCGUCACCGAGAGAAGCAGGUCGUCUUUGCACCGCUUGCCAUUGCCAACCACGUGGCACCCCAUACGGGAGACUGGCUGGCCAGGAUCAUCUGUCCGUUCUGCGAAGAGGAGGCUUCCAAACCGCUCGAUGAGGACGACGACGACCAAGUAUGGCGCCCAGACUCUACGUUUGAAGAUGUCGAUGCUCUGCAGGAACACCUCGAGUGGUACCAUGGGCCAAAGACUGCCUCUAGUACGCCUGCCACCAACAGUUGUGGCAUCAUGUAG